AUAUUCUCCUGUUCCUUUUUUCAAGGAUCAUCAAUGGCUUUCACGGAUGUGAGAGAUGGGUCCAAAGGCUUUGUGAAGAGGGUGGCUUCAUCUUUCUCCAUGAGGAAGAAGAAGAAUGCAACAAGUACAGGAGGAGGAAACAAUGAACCCAAGUUGCUUCCGAGAUCUAAAUCAACAGGUUCUACUAACUAUGAAUCCAUGAAGUUAACUUCAGCAAAGAAGAUUCAAGAUGCUACAAUCAAAACAAGGACCAAACCAUCAUCACCAAGACGGGAAAAAAUUGAUGAUCGUGGUGGUGGUAGGACGAACAAGAGCUUUGCAAAAUGGAGAAGCUUUGAUGAUAGUGAUUCUAUAUGGUUAUCUUCAGAUUGUGCGUCUCCUACUUCUCUUCUUGAAGAGCGGAGGCUAUCUGUUGCGUUUCGUUUCUCGGUUGAUGAUAGUGUAGUCUCUUGGUUAUCAAACCUUGCAAAUUCUCUGAAUCAUCAAGAUGCAGCUUCGGCUAAAGACCGUUUUAGAAUCCCAAGGAGCAGCAAGGAGAGUGCAGAGAAGAAAGUCAGCUUCUCACAACUUGAAUCAGAGAAGCCUUCUUUGGCUCAUGAGAUAAGUGCAGAGGUGUUGGAAUCUAAGAGCAUUACUAAAGUUGAUGAGCCGCUUUUCUGGCCGUAUGAGCAGAGAUUUGACUGGACACCAGAGGAUAUCUUGAAGCAUUUCUCAAUGUCGCCUCGGAGAAAGAAGUUACUGAACGCCAAAAUGUCUUCAGGUAACUCCUCCCCAAGAUCCAUGAGAGCACAACUUCUCCAGGCAAGAAAAGUAGAUCUCAAAGACGGGUGUAAGAAAAAGCUUGUGUUCAAUGGUCCUGUAACAAACACAUCCAAGAAGAUUCCAGAGCUUAAAAGAACAUUCAGCCACAAGAAAAAUGAGAGCAGCAACAAGAACGAGCCCAUCAGGAACUGUGUGAAGAGGAACAAGAGUUUGCCAUCACGGUUAAGAAAAUCGAGCAAACCAUGUUCAAAGGUUGUACCUAUAGAAGCUGCUGAAGAAGUGAUUAUUGCGGAAGAACGAGCCAAAGCGGAAAUAACUACUAGAAAGCUGAUUAACCGCAGAAGCAAGACAAUGUUGGAAGAUGAUUUUGCAUUUUUGAAUGAUUUCUCAAUUGAAAAAGCGGUGGGGCUUGGCGAGUUUAAGGGUAGAGAGGGUAUAGAUUCAGAGUUUAACUCUGACACUUUCUUGUUUGAUGAUUCUCUCUGAAACUAAGAGAGAUUUAUAUUUUGGUCCUGAUUAUAUCAUUGGCUCUUUAUACUGA